AUGUUCGGGCACCACCCCCUCCACCCCCUACUCCACACCUACCCCGGCGCCUCCUUCAAAACGCACCCAUUCGACAAUGGCAACCUGAACGGCCCGCACCUCGCCGCCGCGUCCGGCGGGGACUCGUUCGGCUACUGGGCGCACGUUCCCAUGGAGCUCCCUGGACCGAUGGAUUGGGGGUUGCCGCCUGCGGUGUUGGCUGCGCAGGAAGGAAGGGGGACGGGGAUGUAUGGGCAUUUGGUUACCGGGCAGGGCAUGCCUUUUAAUUAUGGGUGGCCAAAGUAUGGGCCGAUGCCGCUGAAGCCGGAACUGGGAGGGUUUGUUGGGAAACUCAACCCGUACGGCCGCAGUUUCCCUCAUGGAUUCUGGAAGACGCUCAACUAG